AUGAUCGAACAUGAUGAAUCGAGAAAUUUCCUGCUUAAAAUAACUGGUCAUGUUGCCGGCAUACAGGACAUUUUGAAAUCAAUAGAAGAAAGCUCAGACUGGAACGACAGCUUCUCGGAUCUGAUUUUAGACCUUUGGAACCAAUUGAGAGGUUUAAAGGGACAUUUGGCGUCGAUUUUCACCCUUGAUGUUCCUUUGGAUCGAAUAAGCGACCAACUGCUUCGUCUACAGAACAACAAGGGCGAUUUCGCUAGUAUUGUUGGCACCGUCAGUCGAAUUGAACCAUCACUAUCACACUUGCUUGACAUCUUGGAAAGUGAGAGAAGCAAGUGCAAAGAAAGCCAGGAUUUUGGUUCCGUCUUAAAUCUGAUAGAAAACUGUAUGCAAAUUGCAAGCGAAGCGGACGUAUGGCUCGGUUCCAGCAAAUCCGUACUCGACGCAUCACUGGAGUAUAAUGAGAUUCUGAAAGAUCACAUUGAGACGUUAGAAAAUGUCAUUGAAACCAACAUAGAACUGUGUUUUGAACUACAAGAGGAGAGGUUUUCUUCGCCCGUGCGACAUACGCCUUCGUUCACUUUGAAGCAACUUAUAAGGCUACUGUCUUCUAAUUCCGAAGGAUCUGGCGUUAAAUUACCCACUUUUUCCGCUGUUGAAGAGGCUUUAUGCAAGAAGUUUCUGGCGCUUAAACAUAGCAUACCGCCCAUAGAAAGAAGCCUUACAGAGAUCCUACCAGAGAGGAUUCAAGAUUUUGGUAGGCGAAACGUGCCUAACAUAGCCCAUAUAACCCUUCUGCUUGAGGAUAAAAAGAAGGGUUUGCUAUCCAAAUAUAGAUUCAUGGUUGACGAGAUUCGAGAGCUGCAAACUGAACUGAUAGAUAAAAGAUGGAGCGUACUGUUUCGGAAUUUGAACCACGAGUUGGCGUCCAUACUGAACGAGAUUGAAGUCCUGCAGUCUAAAAUUUCACAACAUGAUCACAGCUCGGUUAUUAAUGGCAGACUUCGAGAACAACUGGAAAAGAAAACAAAGACUGUGAUGAAAACUUUCAAUGUUGCCUAUAAAGCCCUAGAGUUUUCAUUGCUCGAGCCGCAAGUUGCAUCAGAAACCAACGCGUUGGCACAGAGGUGGCUCGAUAUACGACCUCAAAGUGAUAAGAUUUUGACCAAAGUUACACGCGAGCAGGACGACGUCCAAUCGCUAUCAGACAGACUUCAAGACCUCUCUUUAAGGAGUAAUAUUCCGCCAGCGCAGUCCAAUCCGUCGCAGAGGAGCAAUUUUGGAGCUUUCCUGCUGAAGAAAAUGAAUAUAAGACCUGUGAUUGUCAAAGGAACUCCAGCAUCCGCUGCGAAGGCAAAUCCUGUUUACCAGCAUUCACCACUCAAAGAGAAGAGCGGCCCCAUGGACGGUCUCAUUUUAAAGACUGCCCCGCUCUUGCCUUAUUCGCGCCAGCGGAGCAGCUCAGAAGAUCUCUUUGACACUCUCGAAGGCUCGUCGGGCUUGACAUCAGACUCGCUGGAGUCUCUGGAGUUUGAAAAGAUUUCAUAUUAUUCCAGGCAGCAGAGUAGAAUUCCAAUUCUGCCGGCAACGACGUUGCCAAUAACCGCAAUAAGAUCUCAGUCGGUGAAAUCAUCGCAACAAUGGACGCCAUGUCCGCUUAGACGUCGCUCGCUGAAGCAGCCGACACCAAGAGCACUCCUACUAUCAGCUGGUAUGAUGUAG